GCUCUGCAGACAGCGGCCAUGUUGUGAUUUGUUUUUCUUCGCCCUCCCCCCCCUCCGUGUAGUUUACCUGUUUGCUGAACCCCGCACACCGGAGGGAGGACCCCGAUUGGAUCGGGAAGGAAUUGUUUAUUUCCCUGCUAUAUUUGUAUUAAGAUUACGUCGAUGCCCGGAAAGUGAAGCUGUGGAGCAGCAAGCAGCAUGUCCGCAAUGUUAGGAGAUGAAGAAUUUGAUCAGUUAGAUAAGCCUGGCGCUGAACGGUCUCGGAGAAGAAGAACUGAAGAUGACUGGGACAGUGAACUAGAAGAUGAUUUGCUCGAGGAAGAUUUUUUGCCUGGAAAAAAGAAUGCAUCCGAUCUAUCAGAUGAAGAACUUAAUGAUGAUCUCCUUCAAAGUGAUGAAGAGGAGCCUGAACAUCAAAACUACAGUGGCCAGGAUGUCACUGUUAGUCUUAUGGCGAAAGCUGAAUGUCCCUUUAACUGUGGCCAGGAUGUCACUGUUAGUCUUAAUGCGACAGCUGAAGCAAUGUCAUCCUUUGACCUUUCCAAGAGCAUAAACGAAGCGUCUGUAGCAGAAGACGAAGAAGCAGAAUAUGAAGAGGAGGAAACUGAAGCUAUUUAUGAAGAAGUCGAAGAAGAUGAAACAGGCGCUGAAGAUUUUGCAGAGACAUAUGAAGAAAAUGAUGCUGAGCUUACAGAAGAACCCAUAGAUUAUGCAGAUGACGAACCUGUAGAUGAGGUGCUAGACAUUGAGAUCAAUGAACCUCUAGAUGAAUUUCAAGAUGAAGAGUACAUUCAGACAUACAAGAGACAAAAUGUUAAAAACGAAAUACAGCAAUAUACAGAGGAGGAAAUGGAAGAAAGCGAAGUACCGGAUGCUCUCACUAACUCUGAGGAGCUUCAUGCCGAAGCACAGGACUUACAACCUGAGACCAGAGAAGAAUCUGAUGAGGAAGAUGAUGAGGAUGAGGAAGGUGGGCGUAUACGCUUCAAAACUGAACGAAAAGAGGGGACAAUAAUUCGACUUUAUGAUGCAUCAAGAGAAAGACGAAACAUACCAGAAACUUUAGAGCUUUCUGAUGAAGCCAAGGAAUCUUUGCUGCAAUUUGAGGAAAUGGAACGGCAGCGUAGGCAGGGGCGCUAUGGGUCAAGAAGAGGUGGAAGGCGAGGAGGCAACAACGGCAUGCCUCGCGGGAUGGGCGGUCAAAGAAAUGAGAACGACAGAAGAAACAUGAGGGAUCAGAGGCAAUGCCAAGGGCAGCCCAUCCGAAGUUUGUUCCAACAGCACCAGCAGAUGCAGCAGAUUCAGCCUCUGCUUCCAACGCAGCGUUCACGGAAUUCCUCAAAGGAUGGAAUGUCCACAUCACAGCAGGAGAAGCAAAGAUCUGGAGGUCUUCUGGCAACACCACAAUCCAAAAACAUACAUAUCAAUCCUCAUUUCAAAGGAAACGUGACACCUGUCCAAGGUGGGGAUACCGCAGGCAAAAACAGCUAUUUCAGAUGCCAAAAUAAAGUGCCCCUAUUACCGGUGCCAAACCAGCCUCGCCCUGUGCUAGGACAACAUAGGUAUCCAGGAAUGCCAGAAUUUCAGCAUGUCCCUGUGCAAGGCAACUUUAACCCACCACCCAGGCUUCAGGAACCGUGGAGAAAUACACCUCCACCACAACAACCAGAUCGAGAACCUUUCUUCAUGGGCGAACCAAGAUUUCCAAACCACCAUAUGUUUGAUCAGCGAAAUCCACCACCUGGACCACCACCUCCACUUCUAAGUAGCAAUCAUCCAGUUCCCAAUCAGAAUACACUUCCAUACAAUCAACAUGGACAGGGAUUUAACCAGCCAGGGCCACAGCCCAGGUUUAAUCAGCAAGGACCACCCCCAAACUUCAACCAACCAGGUCCUCAACCUGGAUUCAACCAGCCUGGUCCUGGUCCUCAGCAGGCAUUCAAUCAGCCUGGCCCUCAGACUGGUUUUAACCAACCUGGAUUUAACCAGCCUGGCUUCAACCAAGCUGGACCCCAGCCUCCGUUUACUCAACCAGGACCUCAACCAGGUUUUAACCAACCUGGUUUCAACCCCCCUGGCCCGCAGCCAGGUUUUAACCAGCCUGGUCCUCAGCCAGGAUUUAACCAGCCUGGGCUUAAUCAACCUGGGUUUAACCAGCCUGGGUCUGGGCCACAACCAAGGUUUAAUCAGCCAGGUCCUGGGCCACAGCCUGGCUUCCCACCACCUGGCCCUGCACCACAGCCCGGGUUUAACCAGCCAGGAUUUUCAAGAGAGCGUCCUGUACGAAUGAACAUGCCAAGUCCAGGUCCUAUGGGAAUCCCUCCAUUUAAUCAAAACUCAUCAAAUAUGAGACAUUUUGCUCCUCCAAGACCUCCGUUCCCUCCUACUCAUGGACAGCCAUUUAUUUCUCACUCUCAGCCAAAUAUGCAGUGUCCACCUCCCAUGCAGCCAUUACAACAGCAUCAUCAUGUUGCUGGACCUCCAAAAUCUCCACAGCAACCAUUUCGGCCACAUAUACAGAAGCCUCAAACUCCAAAUAACAGAAUACAGGGACAACAGCGACAAGGUCAACAUAAACCGAGACAAGGAACACCUGUCCAGAUGAUUUCAAAUCAGCAAACCACACAUGCAAGGAAUAGUAACUUACGUGAGUUACCGAUAGCACCAUCUCACACUUUAGAUGUGAACAAGAGGAGGCAACGCACUGCUGCUCAGAUUAAACCAAUAGCCACCACAACACCCCAGGCAAGACCGAUAGCUGUUACCAAUGCUCAGUCCAUGAAUCUCACCAGCCCAGUCAAAGAAGAAGUUAAACUUGAACAGUUUCCUGGUGAGGAUGAAGAGACCAGAAAAUAUCGUUUGAAGAUAGAAGAACAGAAGAGAUUAAGAGAAGAAAUUCUGAAACAGAAGGAGUUGAGGCGUCAGCAGCAGGCAGGUGCAAGAAAGAAAGAGCUACUUGAAAGACUUUCUCAACAACAGCAACAACAACCUACAACUACUCAGCAAAGCCACCCUGAGCCAGAGAAACAACCACUGCAAGUUGCAAAUAAUGGUAACCCCAUAUUGCCUCACAUUAGCCUGCAGACAAGGUUAAAUGUAAAAAAUAGACUCUUCUCCCAAAUUCCAGAGACAUUGACUACAAUUUCACCAGCAAUAAUCCCUCCAGUUCAGCAGGCAGCUGGAACAAAUACACCAGUUCAAGGAAAACAAAAGAAAAUAGUGAAGCAGACUGUGCAAAAUAUUGCUACAGCUGAUAAUCAACUCCAAAAAGUGCAGCGAGUACGACCUGCUGGACCCAUAGCUUCCAUAACACAAGUACAGACUAUACAAGUGGCCUCACCUCAGGGUCGGCAGCAGAGAGCAGGAGCAAAAAGGACAGUAAUGCAGAGAUCAAAUAGUACAAGUGGGGAUGGACCUAUUAUCACCCCUAAGGUUCGAGUGAUUAAGUUAUCAGGAGGGGGAGGAGAUAAUGUGAUCACAUCUCCAGAAGGAAAUCUACAAAUGCAACCUCCACAACAGAGACUCCCCCAACAGAGGCCUCCAUAUCCGCAAAGACAACCACAGAAACAAGGGACUAUUAGGAAAGUUACACUGGCAAAAGGAACCGUACAGCAGCAUCAACAUCAGUAUCUACAGCACCCUAUGCGUCCACUGCCUUUGCAAACAGAGUCAGCGAUUCCUAAGGUAGUGAACACUGUCAAGGCACUUCAUCAACCCAACAAGGUUAUUAUGCGGGGAAGAGGCAGAGGAGUAGUGGGACAGAUGGGCAGAGGACGCUUGAUGCCAAAUAAACAGAACCUACGUGUGGUAGAGUGCAAGCCUCAGCCGUGUGUGGUGUCAGUUGAAGGGCUUUCUUCAUCAACCACUGAUAUUCAACUGAAAAACCUGCUGAUGUCAGUAGGGCCAAUUCAGAGUUUCCAAAUGCUUCCUCAACUGCGAAAAGCUGUAGCAACAUUUAAAGAGCCUCUACACGCUUUGGCAUUCCAGCAGAAGUUUCACAGUAAUGUGAUUGCAGAUGACUGCAGAAACGUUCCAGCUUCCAAUUCACUAUAACCUGCCUUGUUCCCUGUAACUGCUACACGCACAUGGUGGAUUUAUCGCACAUCAAUGUAUCUCUGGUCACAGAUUGAUCGAACCAGCAUUAACCCUCAACUCAUCAGAAUAAAUGAUGAUUAUAUGAAACUCCACCAUUUAUAUUUUGGACUUCUCAACUGAAGAAUAUCAAGCAAGCAGCUGGGCUGAACUUGUUUUAUGAGGAAGGAAGAAAGCAACAGUGGAACACCGCUAUAUGUGCUUAACUUCUACAACUACACAGAUUUUUUUUUCUUGAUAGCUAUUUUCUUUCCUUUAAUGUGCACCAUUCAUGCGAGUCUGACUUUCCAUGAACAAAGACUAAAAAUGCAGACUUCUGAGUAAAAAUGCUCAAUACGAAUUUUUUUAUAGCAAAGAAUACUUGUUAAUGGUUUCUCCUAUCUUCAUAGCUACUCGAUACUAACCAUUUUGUUUUUUUAGUACUUGAAUUUAGAAAGUCAUCCUUUACUAUUAUGUUUACUGACCCAUUUUUAGAAGUAAACUUAGAUGCCAUCAUUUUUUUUAUUUAUUCUGUUAAUGAUGAUUGUAACUAACCAUGCUUGGAUUACAGUAUGGACUUCUCAUACAGUAUGGAUUUUUCCGAUAGGUUCAAACAAGAACAUACCAUUGAUGCAUAUGCUUCUUUUUGUUACAAACUAACUUUAAAAAUAACAUAAUUGUAAUUUCCCAAAGACCUUCCACCUUGUAUGUUCUGUUGCUUAGGUUUUCUAAACAGAUGAUUGAACACCUAAGUAUUUGACACUUUCUGGACCCGUGUAUUAAUUAGACCAUUCGGUUGUGUUUAAACGUAGGUUUCUUGACUGUUGGCAAGCAAAUAUCUUUCUAGCUGUAGAAUGAACAUAGCCAAACUGAAGACAGGGAACUUGCAUUGUGUAGAAGAUAUAAUUGUGUGCAAAUGAAAUCUGAUGUCUAGUUGAUUUGUCAAAUUAUGCUAAAAUGUGACAUUAUGCCAGUGUCCCUUUUAACAUGUAAAAUGUUAAUAGUAUUAAGAAAUAUAAAUCCAAUUCCGAAACGUGUAGUAUAGAGCAGCACUCUGUAAGCACACAGCUAAAUAGAUGUAAUAGGGAGCAUGUUUUCCAGGCUGAAGCUCUACAAGCUAACAAGGAAUAAAUCGCACAACGUGUUUAAAACCCAGCCACUAAACUUUGGACCAAUCCCCAACUAAAAAAACCCUAAUUAAUAUAUCUAUUAUAUAUUAAAGAGAAUGUUUUGUGAGCUCAUAAGAGAAACAACCCUUAAAAAAUGUAAUUUCAGUAAAAGAUUGUUUAAAUCUUCCAUUACAGUAAUGUAUAUAUUUUUUUAACUAAGUGAACCUUUAUAGUCUUCACUUGUCUCCUGUCUGGUUUUGGGGGGGGGGGGUUUCAUCUUUUUUUUCUCUAUGCAUACUGAAAUAUUAUAGCUUUUUAAUAUGCAGUAGAAGUGUGUGUAAGUGACUGUGGUUUUGUAAUGCAUUUUUCCCCCAUAAACACUUUGUUCAGGCCACAUUAGCUUAACCGCGCUUACUCCAUCUUACUACUUUAUUGUUAAGAUCUAAAACAAAACAAAAAUAAUCUAGUUUACACCUAACCAUUCUCCACUUUUGGUUGGAGAUUUGUGUUGUCAUUAGUGACAUUCAUAGGGUAUAUACAGAGGGGCGCCUAUUUUUUCUUUUAUAUAU